AUGUCGGUAGAACUCGAACUUUUCCCCUUGGACGACGCACUACCACUAAUUGAAGCUCCGACCGCACCAUCUGCACCAACUACGACCCUAUUACCAGCAUUAGCUUCGUCUCCAAUAUCAACCAGUACACUAUCGACACCGACUGCAGCUGGCAAAUCGACGACACCCGAUCCUGACGCUCUACUAACAGCUACCACCGUUUCAACUUCCGCUGCAUCACAGUCACGGAUACCGCGUUUAAUGGAUAUUCGAGUCCCGUUAAUGUCUACUAUUCCAGGGUUCCCACUAUAUCGUCAAGGCUACCACCCAAGACGGCUCACGCAAAGGCCUCAUGGUGCGUAA